CUGAUAUUUGCAGGGAGGACUCUGGUGGGUACACAGCUGUUUUGUGCAGACUUGACUGAAAGAAUAUGGCUACAACUGGAGACCUUGCAGCUACAACUACUAUGAGCAUCACUAUAACCACCGACUAUAACUAUGAAAAUUACUCUGACUAUCAGACUGAAGAGUGCGACACCUCGAGCCUUGUGGAGACUGGAGCGAUCUUCAUCCCAGCGUUCUUCUCCAUCGUGGUUCUCCUCAGUCUGUUUGGCAACAUCCUGGUCAUUGUGAUUCUGGUCAAGUACGAGAAUCUCAAAUCCAUCACCAACACGUUCAUCCUGAACCUGGCUGUAUCCGAUCUCUUCUUCACCGCAGGUCUGCCUUUCUGGGCCUACUACCACAUGUAUGGAUGGACUUUGGGGUUAUAUACAUGCAAAAUAGUCAGCUUUGUCUUCUACCUCGGCUUCUACAGCAGUGGCUUCCUCCUCAUCCUGAUGACUGCUCACCGUUACAUAGCCGUCAUGAACCCUCUGUCUGACAUUGUGUCCACCAAAGGCUUCUACAGUGUCGUUGUAUCUGUGGUCAUUUGGGGACUGAGCGUGCUGGUCACCAGUCCAGCCUUCUUCUUCACCAAAGUUGUGGAACAGAGUCACUGCGUCUUUGCAAAUUCUACCUGGAUUUUGUGGGCAAUCUACCAGCAAAAUGCACUCUUCAUAUUAAGUUCAGUGGUGUUCAUUUUUUGCUAUUCUCAGAUCAUUUGCAGGUUGCUGCGCCCCACUGCCCAAAGAAGAAAGAGCAAAACUUUAAAGCUCAUUUUCGCUCUUGUGGCUGUUUUCUUCCUGGGCUGGGCACCUUACAAUAUAGUGAUAUUUCUGAAGUCUUUGUAUAGUUGGCACCAAUCACCUGCUGACUCGGGAGAUGUGGUUCGAAGUUGUGAGAUAACAAAACAACUGAGUUACGCCUUUUACAUCACCCGACUUUUUGCCUUCUCACACUGCUGCCUCAACCCUGUGUUUUAUGUGUUUCUGGGGGUUAAAUUCAACAACCACUUGAAGAAAUUGUUGAAGAGCUGGGGCCAUAAUGACAACAGCAGCAUCCGCAAUCGGCGAAGUCGGCUCACAAUCACAUCAGUAACAAGUGGUGAAGAGUUGUCAAUGUAGUUAAUAUAAAGAUCAAAAAUGUAGAAGAGAAGUAAAACUGGAGCUUCCAGGUUGCAUACAAGGAGAAAUAAAACUUAAUCCAAAAAUCCCUCUGACAUUUGUAAAGUUCCAUAUUUACUCAAUCAAAAGCCGUUCAUCAGAUAAUAAUUGGAUAUCGAAUCCUAUCUGUGGCCAUGGUUGACAUGAACAAAUACAGGCCAGGAUAAAAAAAAAAAAAAAAACGAGGGUGGA